GGGGAGUGAAAUUGGGUGUAGGAGAGAAGGGUCCAUAAGUGGAGAGUGAGUAUAAAAGGGGAAGAGGGAGGGAGGAGUGGAAGGGUAAUAUUAUGCAAUUUCAUUUGAGAAGAGAAAGGGUCUGAAGGUCUCUCCUACAAAAACACAACCCUAGAGUUGAGUUAGACCUCUGAUAACACACCACCUCUUAACCAUCCCUUAAAUAUACAAAAUAUUUCUUCCAAUACAAAAAACUAUAAAAACACAUUUCCAACUCUACCACCGCAUCCUUAAAACUCUUUUCUCCCAUGACCAAACCGGACGGAAUCGCGCCCCCCACUGGUGCUCCUAAGGACCACCUUUCCCUCCCUUCCUGGGGCACCUGGGAGGAGCUUCUCCUUGCCUUCGCCGUCAACCGCCACGGCACCGCCUCCGCCGCUUGGGACUCUAUUGCCUCUGAACUCCGCAAACGCACCUCUGACCCUAACCUCUCCCUCACCCCACACAACUGUCGCUUGAAGUAUCUUGACCUAAAACGCCGCUUCGUCGCUCCCAAUGAUGAUUUCGACGACGAUGAGCCUCGCGACGAUAAAUCCAACGUUGAGGAGUCCGUGCCCUUGCUGGAGGAGCUCAGGAAAUUGAGAGUCGCGGAACUCCGUCGCGAAGUCCAACGUUACGAUCUCAACAUCGAGUCGCUGGAGUUAAAGAUGAAGAGAAUGGAAGAAGAGCGAGAAAAAAGCCUGAGGAGAGAGAAACACGAGUCGGAUCUAGAGAAGAUGAGUGAAGAGAAGAGAUAUAUUGAACCGGAGUCUGAACCGGCGACGGCCAGAGAACCGGCCGCCGGCGAAGAAUUGGCAAAGGAUCAAUUAUCGGUGAAUGAAUCAAACUCCACAGAUCCCGGGGCGGAGAAGUUGAUAACUGGCGAGAAAGAAUCAGAACCGGCUCAAACGGGAGGCGGAGAGCUAAGGGAGGAUCGAACCGGUCAGACGAGCGAAGAGCCGGCUGAGCUGAAGUCCGAACCGGAUCAGAAGUCGGUCCGGGAGGACUCCUGCAACGGGAGUUCCAAUAGCAUAGAGGAGUCGGAACGGAAGGCAAAAGCCGAGCCUGUUAGUGACUCGGCAGAUUUAGUUGAAUCGGAGGCCGAGUCAGAUGGCGCGGGAGCGGAGGCGACGAAGGAAAACUCGGAUGUGCAGAGUACAGCUAGUAGAUCGCGGAAGGAGGAGGGAAGUGAUAAGGGACGGCGCGGGAGUACGAAUGGCGAUGAGCGUGAACACGAGGAUCAAUCUCGUGCCGUAAAAGAAUUGUCUGCCGAAUCGCAGCCGUUGGUUGACUUUCUGCAGGGCAUCCGGGCUCAUAAGCUCGGCUCCACGUUCCAGCGGCGGCUCCGGAGCCAGGAAUCCUCGAAAUAUCACAAGUUGAUCCUCCAGCACAUAGAUCUUGAGACAGUUGAAACAAGGUUGAAAGAAGGAUGGUAUUCAGGCUCCAAGAGCAAGUUUUUUCGCGAUCUUUUGUUGCUUGUCAACAAUGCUCUUGUCUUCUUUAGCAAAAACUCCCCCGAGGCCAAUGCUGCUGCUGAGAUUCGACGGCUCAUUUCGAAAGAGUUCUCGCAGAUAUAUGCCAAGUCAGAUUCUUCAUCUGGCAAACAAGUUUCUCUACAGUCCCUGUCAUUGCCCAAGAAAGAAGAUCUUGAGUCUUCACAUUCUUUGAUGCUAAAGCCUCGAAUAUCAGGCUCCUUGAUAGUCUGUCGUAAACGCAGUUCGAUUGCAGCAAAGGCAUCGGCAUCGUCUUCAGGAGCUGAUAAGAAGAAAGAGCAAACUUCAUUGCUUGCGGAGGAGAAGGAGGCCAAACUGCAGCGUUCCCAGCCGUCUGAGGAGCCUAAAAUCACGAAGAAGAGGACGAGGGAUAGAUUUUCCUCAGCUUCGGCCAACUCAAAGAAAAACAAGAAUCAAACCAACAGCAGCAGCAAUAAAAACUCGGUGGUCGAAUCAGGGAAACAACCGGUAAAGGGAGGAUCAUCGUCACAGCAAGCAGAGCCCAAGGGCGAGAACAAGAAGAACCAGCCAAUAUCAGACUCGAAGAAAAGAGGGGCAGCUAACUUCUUGAAUAGAAUGAAGCAAGGCUCAUCCUCAAACAACGGUGUCUUGCUCGAUGCAUUGAAGAACACACCGUUGACUAGUGAAAGCACAACCAGCAAAGGAGGAUCUGAAUCAAAGAAAAACGAAAACGCAAAACGUGGCGAGAAGAAAGAACAGGUUACUCGGAGAAGUUCGGAAAUGAGGCAGGCGAAGGAGAAAGAGAAAGAGAAAGAGAAGGAGAAGGAGAAGGAGAAGGAGAAGGAGAAGGGGAGUCCAGCAAAGAGGAACGUUGGGAGACCGCCAAAGAGAGGGGCUGCGCCGCCUCCUACACUUGGGAAGCGGGGUAAGGAAAGAGCGGAAACGGAGGCUGCAGCUUCAAAACAGCCAAAGAAAAGAUCAAGGAAGUUAUAGCAAUGGUGAAAGAAAAAGGGGUAGACACAUUUGUACUUAGUGUAUGGAUUCAUGUUCCUUCUUUAUAGAUUUGCUUUUGUUUUUCA